GCCUUGUCACCCACAGACAUGAAUUAGUGAUAAGGAAUGUUUCAAGCCAUGAGGAGGUGUCAGGAUCAGAGAAGCAGACGUACAGACGGCAGGACGGAUACACGGGCGGCGGCUGUGCUAGGUGGCUCGGCGGCAGGCUGGUGGAAGAUGUCGUCAGGAGCCGGCGGGAGGGGCGGCAGGCGGCUCAGGGGGACGGCAGGCGGCGGGGGCGGAGGAGGGCGAGGAGGGGCCGGGGAGGCGGAGGAAGGCCCCGUGGGGAUCCCUUUCCCUGAGCACAGUGCCGACAUCCUGGGCAGCCUCAACAAGCAGCGGCUGAGCGGCCUGCUCUGUGACGUGCUGCUGGUCACGCAGGAGCGCGAGUUCCCGGCCCACCGCUCCGUGCUGGCCUCCUGCAGCUCCUACUUCCACAAGCUCUUCACGUCAGGGGCCGCCGCCGACCAACAGAACGUCUACACCAUUGACUUCGUGACGGCGGAGGCACUGGGAGCCUUGCUGGACUUUGCCUACACGGCCACCUUGACGGUCAGCCACAGCAGCGUGGCCGACAUCCUCGCUGCCGCCCGACUGCUGGAAAUCCCACCUGUCCAGGACGUCUGUACGCACCUGCUGGACACCAAAGUGCUCUCCCCGCCGGCGGGCAGUGAGCGAAGAGAUGAAGACGAGGAGGAGGAGGAGGGGAAGGGCAGAGGAGGCGGGGAGCAGGGGAAUCGGCUGCGGGCCCGGGAGUACCUGGAGUACUUCCAGAGAGGGGCGCACUGGAGCAGCAGCUGCAGCACGCCAGAGCUCAGGGACCUGCCCACACACCUGCACUUUAACCACGGCAAUGGGGGGCCCCGCAGCAAUGGGGCCCCCGGUGGCCCCAAUGAGUACUACUCCCCUCUGGCUAUUGCCUUGGCCCAGGCCCCCACACAAGAGCCAGAGGAGGAGGAGGAGGAUGAAGAAGAAGAGGAAGACGGGGAGGCAGUGCAGGGUGAAACAAGAGACUGGCCGCGGGGGAACGGAGGAAGCCUGGCGUCAUCUUACUACCCUCCAUCACAAAACGGGCACUUCUACCUCCCCCCUGAGUCCAGGCUGGGGCAGGAGACAGAGGGGGAGGAGGGGGGCAGGGAUGUGAUGGAGAGGGAUCGAGGUUCAGCCAGUGCCCUCCUGCAGCAAAUGAUGGACUCCAUCGAGAGGCAGAAGGGCCACGCAGAGGCGGGGGAGGAACAGGGGGACGGGGACGACCCUGACAUGGAAUUUUACUUGAAUUAUUUCAACAGCACGCAGCACGAGAACGCAGUUUCUGCCGCUGUGACACAGGUAGUGCCGCCUGUCUGGUUAUCACGGGGCAGCACGGGCCAAGAAAGAGAGGGAGGGGGAGGAGAGAGGGGGGGAGGCGGGGAGAGAGGAGGUGGAGGUGGUGGGGGAGGAGGAGGAGGUGGAGGAGAGAGGAAGAUGCGCUCUAAGGCCUUCCAGAAGUGCCCCAUAUGCUCCAAGGUCAUUCAAGGAGCAGGCAAGCUACCCCGCCACAUCCGAACGCACACGGGAGAGAAACCCUAUGAAUGCGCCAUCUGCAAAGUGCGCUUUACCAGGCAAGACAAGCUCAAGGUUCACAUGAGGAAGCAUACAGGAGAGAAGCCUUACCUGUGUACACAGUGUGGGGCCGCCUUUGCUCACAACUACGACCUGAAGAACCACAUGCGCGUUCACACUGGCCUGCGCCCCUACCAGUGCUCCAGCUGCUUUAAGACUUUUGUGCGCUCAGACCACCUGCACCGCCACCUCAAGAAGGACGGGUGCAACGGCAUCCCCUCCCGUCGAGGCCGAAAACCUCGGGUGCGAGAGCCCGGGCUCCUGGAGGCCCCCCUGGGUCUGCUGGGCCCUGGCGCUGCCACUGGUACUGGCCCUGGGCCUCGUGGCGUCAGGGGACGGCGGCGCUCAGAGGCGAUCCCAGCAGCGGAGAUGGAGGGCGCUGCUGGAGCCCAUGCACACAGUCCUCAGCCGCAGGAGAGGGCAGUGGAGGUGGGACCCUGAAACUCCAGGGGCGACAAGGACACUGCUGGACGCCAUAGUCACUCUGCACCGCCUGUGAGACGGGCCACUGAACAGAGGAGAAAAAACACGCAAAGGCAAACUUAAAAAAAAAAAAAAAUCACAAAAAAAAAAAAAACACAACAACUAACUAUUCCUCUAUAAACCAAAUCAGGGUGUCACAAAAAUCUAAUCUUUAUGUUUCCUUCUCCUUUUGCUUUAGGAAAUGGAGUAGAAAUGCAAGCACUUGAGUCGGUUUAUCUGUUAAAGAGCAAAGAACGCUUCAAAUCACAUACCCACGACGUCCACUUUCUGGGUCAUUUCUUUCUUCAUGGUCUUAGGGGUUUUAUACAUUGGCAUAUGUGCUUAGGCAAAAUGUAUAAUAGAUACAGAGAAACUCUGAGCAACUAUGCAGUUGAUUUAGAUUUGUAUUGGUUUUGUCCUCACAGCCUUCAAGCUCUAAGCAAGGUGUCUGUCAAGCACCUUCUGGCUGCUUUACGGGUGAAGCGAGGACAAAUCCUGCGAGUGAAAACAACCCUUUUUCUAUUCUUUUGCAGGUCUGAAAUGUACAGUUACCAUAGAAACAACAUUGCCACACUAUGGCAUAUGCAAGAAAAACUCACCACAAUUUUGAUGCAACUGUUUUCUCUCUCUAAAUGCUCCAGAAAGAAUCUGACAAGGGUUUGAUUGAAGUGUUACUUACUCUAUAAAAUGCAUUUUAAGAAUCUAUGGUUUGUCUUAUUGAAAAAAAAAAAAUCAUGUUGAGUCGAAUCCACGUUAAUGGGGGCUCUUCCAUUGCAGGACUAGGGAAGAUGAGGGGAGGAGGGUCUGUGUUUUUAAAGCACUACCAUCGUCGGUGUAUCUGUUGGCUUGACUAUGUUGCCUCUUAUCCCUCACAACCUUGCAAUUUCAGCAUUUCUGUUUUCCCAAUUGAUUUGUCUUAAUUUUUUUUUUUUUUUUUUUUUUGUCUUUGUUUGUUCCUUUUUGAGUUGACUGCUUCGGGUACUUGACACUUUAUAAUUGUAUACAUGUAUAUACAGCAGGUGGUGAUAUGACAUUGGUCCCUUCUUAAUGCUGAGGUAUACUUACCAAUCGGGUUUUUCCUCUUAGGCUUGAUGUCAUAUUUCUCACAGAGUGAAGCUUGUGGGUGAACGAAAACAAACUGUAUGAAUGUUAGAUGAAAAAAAAAAAAAAAACAGAAUUAAUUGAGUCACCCAUCGGUCCUAAACUUAACACUUGACAUGUAUAGUUCCUGCCCAAAGGAUGAGGAGAUCGAAUGAAUGAAUGUGCUUAACUUUGUGCAGUUUUUCGGAAUCUGUCCUUGUGUGACAAGGCGCGGGUAGCAUUUAACCAACAGCAGGUUAAAAAGAAUGGCAGGGAGCCCGAGUGAAAGAAUGACAAGAGUAGGAAGAAGAGACGAGCACCUUUUUUUCUAUGUUUGCACAGCUUUACUAAAGAUAUCCAACAGAGCAAGAGAGGUAUAUUUAAAGAAAGUUGGCUGGCGUUGGGGAGAGAAUGAGAGGAGGUUUAUGUAUCAUGCUUAUUCCAAUCUUUUGCCCUAGGGACCAUGAAACCAUGAGGCAACCUGUAUGAUGAAGAGAGCAAUAAAUACCUGUCCAAGUUGGGAGGCCAAAUAAGAGCACAGCUGCAGCUGGUUGAUGGGGGGAGGGGAGGGGAGUGGAAGGGAAGCAAGGGAAGGGGAGGGGGAUCUCACAAUGUCUGUUGCAUUCCAAAAAAUAAUCUCCCCCAGCACAGCCACGUUUCCAGGCAGGAGGGGAUCAAAUCAGGCCUUUUCUCUCCCUCUCUCUCCCUCUGUAGUCCUCUAAUGCCCCCAAACCAGCCUGGAGGGGAUAUUAUUAUAUUAGAGCCUGGUGUUACUGUGGGUAGGACGCCUGGUGCUGGCAGUUAGUGUGUGUGUGUGUGUGUAUAUAUGAGAGAGAAAGAGAGAGAGUGUGUUUACAUGUAUGUGUGUGUCUGUGUGUGUGUGGGUGCGUGCAUAUGUGUGCGUGGCAGCUAGGGUCCCUCUGGCCACAUCAUCACCGUGUGAGUCAGCCACAGCCUGUUCAAACAUGCACCCUGAACUGCCAGCCCAAUGCACUUUCUCACACACACACACACACACACACACACACACACACACACACACACACACACUCACACUCACUGGGUCCAGGCAUCCAGUAGAGAAAGGAGAAAACACCAGAGCUGACGAAUCUGUUUGAAUAUUGUCAGUGACUCCAUACAUCUGGAUUUGUUAGUCUUAAUGUGUCCAAGUUGUGUUAUAAUAGUCCAAAUCCGAGGUUUUUCCAAACUAGUACAUUUAACUUUUGACUAAAGAGAGCGAGCACGCUGGUGACUUGGACUUCCCCUAUCAUCUCUGCAGCAGUGCUGGAGUCUGUGGAUCAGUCCUUUGCACCUUAAUUGGAAAGAAGCAGGUUCUGAAUGCACUUUGUUACUGAGAAGGGCACUUUUGUCAACGAAACGGGUACUUUGAAACAAAUCAGUUGCAAAUGAGAUCAAUCCCUUCUCCUGUCCCCAGGUGAUGAAGUUGAGCUCCUUUACUGGUUUUGUUCAGGUUUUGACGACAAGCUGCCAAAAAUCAAAAACAGAAAUGUAUACGAGUUCGGAUCUCUGAAAGAGAACGUUGGUGGGUUCAGAAAUGACCAUGUUGGGUUUUGUGACCUUAAAAAUUGUUUAGAAGACAGAAUUAACCCAUGUAACUGAUUGCACUUGAAGUUAGUUGGUAAAAAAAAAAAAUCUAGUGUGUUGUCUUUAUGUCUUAAUGCAGAGAAAGGGGAUAGAAGGAGGAGAUGAGCAAAGGAGAGAGGGCACUGUGUGUAUGUUGGUGUGGGCAUGUUUACAUGCAUUUUUGUGUGCAUGUGCACAGGCAUGCAUGCAUCGCUGGCUGGCAGGCUGGAGGGUCUCAGGACAAGCUUGGAUAAACAAACUUUGUGUCUGCCCCAUCUGUUCACCAGCUCCUCUCAUAACUACACAUGUUUUCAGAGGAACAAGACCACAGUGAUAAUAGGUCCGCUGUGCCACAGGAGCAGGACUACCAUACUCUAAAUCAACACAUUGGACAGUUGCUUGUUUACUUCAUGGCCCUCUUGGUCCAUAUUUGCAUAACUCUUGAUUUACCCUUGUUCAUCAUUGCCAGGGGUGUGUAAAGUCUUGAGGGCUUUAGAUUCCAUUUGCUCUCGUUCAUUGCAUUAAAGAUGGGGUUCAGAAUUGCACAGUUGGAAUCCCACAAGUAGACCAAAGUAAGCUAAUUGUCUGGUCUUCUAUAUGAACAAAUACUAAAAGUUUGCCCAAUGUGAUAUUUGUGUAAAAUGGCACUUGGUAUGGACUGCUACAGCCCAUUUGUUGUCUCGGUGUGUCAAGAUUUCAGUAUAACCUGUUGAGACCUAUGAGCCAUCCAAAACUUAUGUUUCUUGGACCUUAAUAUUUCCUUUAAGUCUUAUGUCACUGUUCUUUGUUGAUUAACCAAAGUUCCCCUCAUCUCACGUAGAAGAAAAUCCUCAAGUUUUACCCUUAAUCUUAAUAUCUUGUAGACUAGACAAGCUAUGUCUGUAAAUUGUCCAGACUGGGGCUCCCUGACGAUGCCACGCACAGAUGCCCUCCUCUUGAAUACAUAUGCAGAAAUGUGUGUGGAAUCAUACAGACAUUUACUUGAGUUCACUUUUCUCUCGCUCUUUUUUUUUCCCCUUGUGGACUAUAGAAUCAGAGUUUUAAGGAUGUAAUAGUUUUAUUUCUUUGUCGUCUUUGCUAAUUUUUUUUUCUUAAAGGUGUUGUGCUACAGCUGUUUUUUUUCUAACAAUUUUACAUGGCUAUGUGUGUGAGUGUGUGUGGGUUGGGAUCAUGGUUUUGGGUUGCGGUGCCAGGAGGGUGGGGUAAGGGUUUUUGGGUGGGCUUAUGGAUAUAAAGCCUGAUAGCACUGGAAAUAGUGCUUUAGCUGAGACAGCAAGAGUUUGCACUAAUGUUAAAUGUCCUUGUCCUGCUUAUGGGAGAAGGGCAAGAACCUCAGAAAGGCCUGCGAGUUUCCAUGAGCACAGAGCAGUGUGUUAUAUACUCAAUGGUCUCAUAAAGAGUCCAUCCAACCCCUCAAUAGAAAUAAUCAUGUACAGUAGAGUGAGGAAUAUAUAGACAUCCAGCGACAAAUACCAAAGGAGAAAGAAAAUGACUUGCAUUCAAGUCAUUGCACAUUUUAAGCUACCAAUUUUUUUUCAAUGUCAAAUCUUAAGGCUCUUAAAAAUAAUUUUUUUUGGAUGUAACUUUUGGUGGAAACUAAGAAAAAAAAAACGGUGUGACAACAGCAAAUCUCACAUUUGCUCUUCUGAUUAAAAAAUGUUCCAGACAUGAAGGCUCUCGCUGCAGUACUUGUGGCAAGGCCUUUCCAAAACCAUUCUGAACUUUGAGUUUGUCCCGAUCUGAAGGCUGAGAUGUGCUCCACUGUCAUAGUGGACACCAGUAAUAACAAAUUCCAUUUUAAAUAUCUCAAUUUAGACAUUGGAUUUUUGUCACCAUUCAGCAUGGUUUUCAUAUUUAGUCAGUUGAUGACUAAUUGAAAAAGACUGUUAUUCUCAAGAAGAGCACUUAUUUUAAUUAUUACUGAAUUGAAGCUAUUUCAAUUUACUUUCUGAAAAGGUUGAACUGAAUUUUAAAUUCCCCCUGUAAUCCGAGCAGACAUUGAUGUACAUGUAGAAUGUUCUCUGGGACUUUGUGGCCUUGUCUGAGGACUACGCUUGUUAUUUUUUAUGGUUCCAGACAGUUGCAGUCUGGGGCUGAGGCUCACUCUCACCAGGUGGACAUGCAGCAUAAAGGGCCAAAAUGUGCCUUAAGUGGACAGAGACUGACAACGCUCAGCUUUUUUCCCUCACAGAACACUUAAAAUGCUUCAUUUUUGCCCGUAAUUUUUAGAUCAAAUUGCCAGUCAAAUUGGCUCAACACUGAACUCUGUCCAGUUUGUCCAAAUUGUCUUAAAGUACACCUGAAAUUGAUCAGUCAGUAGCUCAACCUUUACUUGAAUGAAUUUGUAAUAAUACUGAGCUGAUGUCUGUGUGCUGGCUGCUAGUUCAGAGUUGUGUCUAUAAGCCCCUGUGGCUCCACAACUGGUGUCUCCCCGGCCUCAGCCCCAGACCAAGGUUACUCUGACACAGGCUACACUGAGACGGUCUUAUAAUUUCAUGCCGCGUGUUUUUCCAAAUUGACCUUGAUGUUAUUUUUUUCCCCUGUUCUAUCAUCAACAAUUGGGGCUGAAACUAUCUGAGAAGGCCAUAACAGCAAGACCACCAACAACUAUGAUGAUACAAUGAUAGCUCUAUGAAUAAUCAAAAGAAGUGGGGCAGGGUGACAGUCAUUGUGGCGAUCUCGGUGGCAGAAGGGGGACAAUUUGCUUUGCUUCGUCAUUUUGCUGCACACCUGAAUUUUUUGUGUUUUCCAUCAGGCUCUUGAUGCACAGCAAGCUGAGUGUGGCAUAUGCAGUAUGGCACCAUGCGCAGCGUGGCUCUGGCACUCACACAGACAGCCUUGGGUCCUUCAGAGAGGCAGGCUGCUGUCUGUUGGCUGCUCUCGGCCCAGUGGGGACAGUUUGCACUUGGAGUCUUUUUCAGUCUCUUAGGAUAUAAAGGUUGGCGUAGCGGCAGGAGGAGGAGGAUUUGGGGUGGAAAGUUGUAGGCUGGAUUUCGAACAUGCUGGAGUUGUUUUCAGGGAUGAAAUGGGAGAGCCUGGGUGAUGCGUGCUGUGCUGUGCCAUGGUUCAGUUUCGGUCCUUUCAGCUUGUUGUAUUACAUGUCUGAUAGCAAUUGCAUGGUGACAAAUAUGACAAGCAUUAAAAAUACAAAGGAGAUUGUGACAGAUCUCACAUUGGGGAAUUGCAACAUGGAGAAUGUCGCUGAUCUCUUUUGUGUCUAUGUAAGUAAUUCUCAGGUGGAAAAUACACUGCUAUGCAUUGGGUUUCAGUGUUUGUUCCGUUUAUGGUAUGUCUAAUCACCCUCCAGGUCACUUCUCUGUCUUUGCCUUUCUUGUUCAUACCAAUAUUUGACAUAACGGUUCCCUGAAAGAAAAAAGUAGGAACAAUUCCCUCAUUGUAAAGUGACUGUGACCAGCCUAUUACUCCAUCUAAUAUUGAUCCAGUGAAUUGUUGUCGGAGGGAAGGGAGCACUGGGGAUUCAGUCUUAUUAGUCAGACUAACAUUUUUUGAAAGUAGACGGGGUUGGAAAUGCACAGGAGGGUGUAUGUUCGCUUACUUUCUUCUUCCAUCGCUCUCCCUCUCUCUGGACCUUGGAGUCUACAUCUCUGCUGCUGUCCUUUGAUCAAAGAUCAUACACCCUCAGCAGGGGAAUCUAACAGGAGAGAAAGGAAGGAGAGGGGGUCGGAUGAGAUGGAGCAGGGGAAGAGACAGUUUCAGUUUGCAGUCACCCAACCAAUUUAGGAUACAUUCCAUAACUUCAUACUGUGAUUCACACUUUGGAGUCUUGGCAGGUGCAAAAGAGGAGAAAUUGAGACAGUGGGAAGGAAACGGUCAACAUUUUGCAGUUGGCUGUUUCAGUCGCGCUGUCCGCCCUCCUUACACCCCAAGCCUGUGUGUGUGAGACAGACAGACAUAUAGACAAAAAGACAGACAGUUUGCAAGGCCCCCAGUGUUUCGCUAUCCAACUGCCUGUUGUUAGCUUCUGCGAUUGUAACAAAGCACUUUGCGAAAGGCCAUCCAGAAUUUUGUGUGCUGUUGUUUUAUGGUUAUCACUAUUGUUAAUAUUUUUUUUUGUUGUUGUUCUUGUUGAUGUUUUGUUGUCUCAUUACAGAUGAUAUGAUUAUUUAAAUGCAAAAAAAAAAACAACAAGACAAAAAUGGAAAGAAAAAAAAAGAAAAACUUGAAUAUUUGGUAUUCAGAUUGAAGGUGGUUAAUGCUGCCGCCCCUGGACAUAAACAAACACAUCUCUGUUAUACUACCACCGUACCUGUUAUAUGCAGCUUAUUGCAUAUUCACAAAAAAGGUGGGCGGGGUGGGUGGGGGUUGCAAGACUGGUUGUCCCCUACCUGCUCCCUGCCUACCAUCUCAGAUCUUGUUGGGAGAAAGGUCAUUUGAUCUCAUUUUGGGAGAGUUCUUGUAAAGAAACCUAUAUAACAGUUGCAAAGCUUUCUGAGAAGGCUAGCUGUGCUGAAUGUUAAACAUGCAGUGUUGUAUCCACUGCAGAAUCUGUCUUUGUCUGCAAUAAUGCCCUGUCUGUAGUAAAAGUAAAUGGCUGGAUCUGGUAUCCAUAUAUUACAUAAAUGAUUAUGAAAGAGAGACAACGUGGCCAAAAGACCAUCAUGCACUUUUGCAAAUCAGUACAGAGAAUUUUGGCCUUUACAUCUACGUGACAUCAAGAUUACUGCAGUAGAGCGGAAAGAAUAAUAAUGAUCAAAAUAUACAUGCGAUAAAUUUAUAGUUCAAUAAAAUGGUUAAACUUGGGAGUGAAAGAGAUAGGCUACUAUUUAUAAUAGAUCGAUUUGUAACUGUGAUUAUUAUGAUAAUCCUUUACAGAAGUUUAAAAUUUUUCUGGUGUACAUUUUAAAGCGGCAGAACAUGUCCUGUUUCUCAGGCCUGGACAUUAAAUAACUCGUUUCUCUUCACAAAAGUCUUUUCUUUAGCAUAGCAGUCUGUCAGUUCGUAUCCGUUGGAAGCUGCAGGGUGAGGGGGUGGGGUGGGGUGGGGGGCUCAGGUUAUAGGUGAUUUUUCGAGAAUUUGCACUUUUUGGGGACGAAAAGAAAUUGUAUUGUAUAUGAGACCACUAAAUCCACACAGUCUAAACCAUAUAAUUCCAUUUUGUUUCAAUUUUUUUGUUCUGUUUUUUCUUAUUUUUAAUAUAUCCAAAAAUGUCUGGCAUCUGGUUGUCUGGUUUAAAGAAUAUGAAAUCUUUCUAUUAAAAACAAUGGUUGCAA